GUAGACAUUCGCAUGGGCAAUUGUAGCGAAUGCGGCAUUGUGAUAGGAGAGCUGUGGUGUUGCAACGUAAGUUUCAUUACACAGAAUUGUAUCCGGUAAAAAAAACUUUCAUCUGCACAACUGACCCACGCGGCUCCUUUUCAUCACGGGCAUCUUUUCUUCAGUUCCAUUUAACUACAACGCAGGAAUAGUAGCCAGUUAUCUCAGAGCCUAAGGAAAUUCGAGCAACAUUACUGGAAUAAUGAAGAGGGAGGCUGAUGCAGGAGUAAUGACAGGCAGUGGAGGUCCAGCCAGUCCCCAUAAACGCUACAGGCAAGGCGAUGAUGAACUUCGUCUACUCAUCCCCAGUAAGGUCGCAGGCUCAAUAAUCGGCAAAGGAGGACAGAAUAUCACAAAACUCCGGAGUCAGUACAAAGCCUCAAUCACUGUACCCGAUUGCCCCGGACCCGAACGAGUCCUGACAAUCAGCUCGGACCUGGAUACUGUUUUGCAGGUUUUGAACGAAGUGGUACCUAAUCUGGAAGAGAAUGGAUCCAGGCAUGGCAAUGACGAGAUCGAUGUUCGUAUGUUGGUUCACCAGAGCCAAGCAGGAUGCGUUAUUGGGAAAGGCGGACUAAAAAUCAAAGAACUCCGUGAGAAAACUGGAGCAAGAAUCAAAAUUUACUCCAACUGUUGCCCGCACAGCACCGACCGUCUUAUCAGCAUCUGCGGAAAACCUGAUACAUGUAUGGAAUGUAUUCGUGAACUCAUCGCAACUAUUAAAACUUCCCCGCUGAAGGGUGUCAAUAAUCCUUAUGAUCCGCAUAAUUAUGAUGAUUAUUAUGCAGAAGAAUAUGGUGGUUAUGGAAACGGAGAAGGCAACCAAGGUAAAUCAGGCGGCUUUGGUGGACCUGGUGGUCGCACAGGAGGUGGAGGUGGAAGUGGCGGAAUGGGACCUCGACGUGACGCACGAGGUGGCGGAAUUCCGGAUAUGAACCGAGGUUUUCCACCAUCAGCUAGAGGCGGACCACGAGGUGGCGGAAUGUCAGGUCCCCCUGAUCGCAGUUAUGGAGGUAAUUCUCGUGGCGGUGGAGGUAGCGGAAGUUACGAUGGCGUUCGAGGAGGUUAUAACGGCAAUAGAGGCGGCCCACCUUACGGAGGAGGAAACUUCAAUGGCAAACCUAGUAAGGACAAAUCUAAUAAUGGUUGGGGAGGAAUGCAAGGAGGAGCUGCAAACGGUUUGAGUGGUGGAAAUUCUGGCAUGAGUGGUCCUCCUAUGACUAGCAAUCAAGGCAACCAAGGAACUAUGUCUGGUGGAAACAAGACAAGCACUCAAGUCACCAUUCCUAAAGAAUUGGCAGGAGCCAUAAUCGGCAAGGGAGGAGCGAGAAUUCGCAAGAUAAGAUCCGAUAGUGGUGCCGCUAUCACAAUCGAUGAGCCGCUACCUGGAAGUAACGAUCGCAUUAUUACCAUCACAGGUUUACCAAACCAAAUACAAAUGGCCCAGUACCUGUUGCAGCAGAGUGUUCACGAGAAUGCAGAGAGCUACUAAGGAAGGCAACUGGUACGAAAUGCGGGUACCAAAGAUGCUUUUGUAACAUUUUUUAAAACAAGUAUUUCAUGAAUGAGAAGAAGCUUUGAACUAAACGAUGACGAGAAAAUGCAAUUAUUUGCUUCAAGGGAAACUACGAUUAGCAGUCUGUUACAUUGACGACUGAACAUAUUUUUCAAAUGAUCCAUCAGCAGUAUUGCAAUUUGUAGAGUAUUGCUUAUCUUUCUUAUGUCGGAUGCUAUGCCUUAGUCAAACCUUGAUAGUUUCUUUUCCACUUUCUAUCGCAUAUCUUUGGAGUUAAAAGAUGGUCUUGGGGUAUAUUUAAUGCCAGAAGGAUCAAUGUCCUCACUUGUAAUAAGUGGGAGUUUAACAUUUGUGUAUUCAAUUAUGAAAUAACGAUGCCUUUACUCCGUUUUUUUAAAGAUUAUUUUUAAGAUCGCGAGAAAUUUCCAAUCAUCAUGAAAGUUCGCGGUUCUAUUGAAUGUUAAGGUUUAUAUAUGCCAGCUUCGUCUUUAAGAGUUUUUUAAAACUUGAAAUCGCAGCAAAAAGAGUACAAAUAAAAUGUGGAAAAGAAUCAAGACUAAGAAGAGAUCGCUACAAAGCUAUAUGUACAAAGUCAUUGUUUGGCAUCUCUCAUCGCUCCAAUCACUGCUUGAGCAUUUGCAUUAUUAUUAUUAUUAUUAUUAUUAUUAUUAUUAUAACAACUUUUACUGUUUAUAAUUCGAAUAAUCUUAUUCAUUAUAGUAAUCCAUUCCAGAAUAUACUAAUACAAUCCCUCUCUUAGCCGGCGUAUUAUAAGCGUUUAUGAAACUACAUUGCUGAUAAAUAGGCUUAGUAACAAGCAUGGUUUAAAAAAACUCUGUUAGACCUUUCGAAAUUGUUAUACGUAAUACCUAUAAUAAAGAGUAGAAUGUACACUUCUCCAUAUUUUUAGGUCUUAAGGAGCAGUAAAGACCCAUCGAAAAAUCUAGAGCGAUUAAUUGCACAGAGCGACAUUUGUUCCAUUAGACGCAAGAUCCUGAAAGAAAAGUUUCCAAAUAUUUUAUAUCUUUAGGUAAUUUAAAUGAAGGUCGAUAGUUCGAAAUUGUUUCAAACUAAGCUCUCAUAUCUAACCUCGCUUCUGCUGUUCUCCUAUUACAGUUAAUAUCUUUAAGAGGUUCCAUUAAGUCACUCCUUCCCACCCCUUCAUCAUUUGAUUUUACCAUCCUCAGGUCAAACUACAAAGGGCAUUUGUACCUUACAGGCUCGUCAUCAGCGAAACCAUCGGGGUUAUUUUUAAAACUUUUGUUCGUAGUGUGGAUUGAAAGACAAACGCUUAGCAAUAAAAAAAAAUGUUCUACACAUUUCUGUAAUUUUGAUCAAUUCGACGUAGGAUAUACACGCCGAUUUGAAUAAACUUAUAUAAAAUGAAGAGAAUAUGCAUUGCAAGUGUGCGCUUAGGCAAUUAAGUGAGAAAAUGAGAGCGAAAGAAUGAUAAAAAAUGUGGAGGAAAGGGGAAAUACAUUGUGGGAGGGAGAACUGUUUUGGAUAGGAUCUAAUCAAUAUAGACCCUCAUACCCGUUUUUAACACAACUAGUGGGCUAUAACAUAGUUUACCAUUAUUUGUAAAGGAGACUUUUUAUUUGUCAAAUAAAAAACUAGUACAAACCACUGCA